CUUUCAAGGUUCUGGUUGCCAAGCCAGUGAGGGCACCCUGUCUAACUUGCAAUUACGCAGUGAGGUUAGCCUCAGUAUGUUGAAGGUUUUACCUAGUAGCGGACCCGGAACAACUGAAUGGAUUACACAUAUGAGUAUGUAUGCGUGUAAAUUUACAUGUUUAUAUACAUCAAGUGGUCCUCAAAUAAUAUAUACACACAUUGAAUGAUUAUAGUCAGUUUUGCAUUAAAAUACAUUCUAUUUUCAAAAUUCAGUAGACCCCACUGAAAAGAUUUAAUUAUCAGGUGCACUCUAUGAGAAAUCGAAGGAAUAACAUCUGUAAACAUUCUCUUAUGAGCCCUAAAAUAGUACAACACACUCGUGUAUGCAAUAAAUAUUGAUUAGUCAUGAAAAACCUUUCAAUUAACACAUGAUACAUCAGCCAUGUAAGCCUGUAUAAAGAGUUUAUUUUUAAUACAUUUCUUCAUAUGGAUAUCCGACCUAUAAACAUGGACCGAAUCUAAAAAUGUAAUACAUAUAAUUAACGAGCGAUAAAGAAACUUCUUAAAGGGUAAAUCGAAGUAUGGAACCAACGAUUCACUGACGCAUUUUGUAAUGAUGCUGCUGCUCACAACAAUGAAGUGUUUGUGCUUCUAUGCCUGCUUGUAGAUAAAUAGACUUCGUAUAUCAAAGCCACCUUGUCAAUGAAUACAGUGCACAGCCAUUGACAGGAUAUGAACUGCAAACUCCUCGACUGCUUUUGAAGUGCUCCCCCAACUAGAGGGACAUCUACAGCUGUUGAUCUACUGGUUCGGUGCAUUCUUUUACCGGUAAAUGAAAAUCAUACUGUGCUUCACCGCUAAAAGAUAUUCCACCGAAAAAUGUUUCCAGACUGCUGAAAGAUGUAUAUGGCAUUCUUGAGUGAAAAGUUUUGUUGGAACUCCUGGAGUCUUGCAUUGCUACCUGCAGCCUACGACACCAUGAUAUCCAUACUUUUCAGUUAUCUAAUACUUUCCUGAUUAUUCUGGCCGUGCCAAGGAGUUUCCAUUUCUUGGCGAGUGUAUUCCUGAUACCCUGGGAAGAGAAACGAUUGGUAGGCCCAUUGCAAUAAAGACACCAGAUUGUUCCUUUACAAAGUCAUGCAAAACAGAAAAAGUGGAUGAAAUAUAGAGAGAAAAAGGAAAACGUACAAAAUAAACAAAAAAAUAAAGGGGAAAAAGGAAACAAAAUUCACAGCAACAGUGCUCUUCUCAGUACCUGUGACGUACCAGCUAAGACAAUCUUUUGCAUUUUCUGCAUGGAUGACGUUAACUGCAAUAUGGAAGACAACCAGACGACAGAGUAUUCCUACUUAAAUAACAGUGUUUACCACCGCUAUUCAUGGCCUGUUGGUAUUUUUAAAGAAUUCUGUCCCGUAGCGCUCUAUGUCGACCGCUACGUUACAAUAGUUUGGUAUAUCAUUGGACUUUUUACAAACCCAAUUUCAGCCUUUCUGUGGAUGCAGCCACGUAUCAGACGCAAUAACUCUUCGGCAAUCUAUUUGGCUGCUUUAUCAAUAACUGACUUUAUGUUCCUGUGGCUACAUUUUAUAAAUGAACUACAAAUAGCGUGGGGUAUUUCAACUGUUGCUUACACUGGAAUAUGUGAAUUGUACAACUUCAUCUACAUGAUCCCUCAGUAUAUGGCACCACUUAUUGUUCUUGCUUUUACGGUAGAACGAUGGAUUGCCGUAUGUAAGCCAUUCCAAAAAGAAAAAUAUUGUACUGUUAACAGAGCUAUAUAUGUUGUUUGUGGACUUAUCGUGACGUGUACGUCACUUGCUUCAAUUCAGAUAUACAUUUGGUACUACGAUGAAAAAUUUCAAAUUUGCACAUAUCGAGAAGGUCAGAUUGAAAACUACAGUUUCACAAUUAUUUGGAAUUGGUUAAGUGAGUUAACUAUAUUUGGUAUUGUGCCGAUUUUCGUGCUCCUUUUUAAUAUACAAGUAAUUCGCGAAAUUAGGAAGAUUACAAAGUCUAAUCCGAUUCAAAUCCCUUACCAGACAACGACAUCAAACAGCAACGCUGCUUCAACUAUAACUUUGUUGUCCAUUUCUUUUUACUUGAUCUUCACCACUCUUCCAGUAACUCUUGUGUUUGUUGUUGAAAGUAACAUUCAUUUAGGAAAUUUUAACAUGACAGAUCAAGAAAUCCGAUCCGACCCGGUUUGGAACAGAUAUUUCACCUUCUUAGCAAUUCGAAGAUUUACUGAGGAACUAUGCUUCUCACAUUAUGCAUGCUAUUUUUUUGUUUACUGUUUAACGGGGCCUCAGUUCAGGAGAGCCUUCAUCUCUUAUGUCCCUAGAAAGCUUUGUCCGGCAGUAAAAUCUAAACAUGUAGGAUAUACUUCCGUAGCAGGAAAUGGAAGAACCGGAAAUGAGACAUGCACAACUUACGUGUGAAUUUUCUGCAACAGAUUAUACUUUAGAUAAUGUUCGAAUGUAUAUUGUCCGUCUUAUUCUUAACGAAAAUGUUUAUAAACCAAACUUGACAUCUUCGGCUUUGACUAUUAAUAUGUAGAAAUGUGUAUAUCUGUGUAUGUAUUAAUAGCCUGAACAAGUAUAUCAUAUGUCUAAAAUCUGAGCAAAAUAAAAUUAAAUUCCAAAACAAUGAAGCAAAGAGGUGUAUUUGGAAGACAGAUGUUCAUAGCGACAUGUGACACACGCACACAUUUGAUGCAUAAUUUUCCAACCGUUAAUUUCCAAAGUAAAAUAGAGACAUGUUUAUGAAAAUUAAAUAAUUGUUUCGUGAAAACUUGUUACAAACAAUUUGGUCGCUCUUGCGUCUCAUUCAUCAAAUUCCGACCAAAUAUCAUGGAAAAAAUAUUCUAGUUAAUGAAGAAACAAAAUGGAUCAAUCAUUUUAUGCUCUCACUUUACAUAUUUCUGUUAUUAUUAUUUUUCUUUGUCCUCAUCGUAUGUUUGCUAUUUAAUCUAUCUCAUUCUUCUUUUCACUUCUUGGAUUCACAAAUUCAUAUGAAUUGAUCUAUCUGUAAGCAAAAACUUAUGCCUAUACGUUAAUGCAUGUAUACAUGUUUACUUACGACUAGUUUCGUUUAAAUACAGAAAUUACAGUGAACUUUUGUGAAAUUUCUCAAAAUAGUUGCUUCAUUUUAAAGCUUUUAUUUAUUUAUUUUUUUUCAAUAACAUUACAUUGAUCUUAUCUUCUCUAAAAAUCAUUGUACUAAGGCUUCCUGUUCCAUACUUUUUAAUUUCCAUGCGUUUCUUCAAAACUGCGUCAUUAAAUUUGAGACGGAGACGAUGUGAAGACUGAUUAUAGUAAUUAUAUUAUUUUCUUUCAGUAGUCAUUAGCUUAAGCCUUUGAGGAAAUUGAUUAAUGUUCGUGUACAUCUAAUAAAAAUCUUUUCAUCGUU